CAGGGGUGAAAAGGAAGAAACCCCAAUUGGAGGAGAUGAAUUAUGUGGAUGAAUAUUUAUUGAACAUGCUUGACAAUUUUCCAAUGACUGUGCCUGUACCAGAUUGGGAUGAUAAGAGUCCAAGAAUGUCGAAUGAGGAGCCAUGGAACAUGGAUGAUGGCAACGUUGGGAUCAACAAUAACCGGGAAGUUCCACACUCUCCGGUUGCGACCGCCUCAGCAAUGCCAGACCAUGACUGGGCUCUAGGCUCCUGCUGCUGGAACAAUUUGCCUAGCAUAUGCGAAGACCAGAGCUGA